UCUGUCUCCAUUCUCUUUAUCCGUCUCACCCGUGAGGAGAUCAUCAAGAAUCGUGCGCUGCCAGACUUGAGACGAGAUAAUUGUGGUCUACCAACUCUGGGGUAUAGACAAGCUCGAGGUUCUACUACGCCUUGGCGCUCCGACCUUUCGACAACACCAUGUCUUCUAGGGCUCUAUCUUGACGAAUUCCGGCGGAAGAUGACAGCACCAGCAUAUUGAUCAUUCAGCACAGAAACAUGGCUACAAGCCAAGGAGCUUUACCUCCACCUCCCGGUAUCGUCGCAGAUCUGCGUCAUCCUCGCGAUGUUCUAAAAACAGUGAACUUUGUAGUACAAGGACUCUGUCUGGCAUUCGCUACAGGCUUUGUUGCUUUGAGAAUGUAUACAGGACUAGUUAUUCAGAAGUCAAUCUUUAAAGAAGACUGGGUGUGCCUCGCAGCUUGGAUGAUGUUCUCGGGGUAUCUGGCGGACAACAUAGUUCUUGGCUUUUUUGGUGGCGGAAAUAACGUAUGGGAAGUAUCUCGAAGCGAGUUAGAGGACUUCCUGAAGGUCAAUUAUGGAGGGCUUCUUCUUUACGGACUAACAGCAUGUCUGAUAAAGCUUACACUUCUUCUCUUCACCGCUCGUCUAUCCAAGACUGCUCACAAGUCCACGAGAGUGAUCAACUUCUUCAUCUUCGUAAUACUGGGCUUCUAUAUUCCAAUGCAAUUCGCCAAGACCUUCAUCUGCACUCCAAUACCCGCCUACUGGAACCGCGUACCAUAUCCUAAUUCAACUUGUCUAGACAUGAGGGCUAUAACCAUAUCGGACACAGUUAUGAGCACUGUAACCGACCUUGCCGUCCUGCUAGUACCCGUACCGCUGGUUUGGGGCAUGAAGAUACCGCUGAGAAAGAAAUUCAGGGCCAUCGGAAUGCUCGCGGCGGGAGGUCUUGCGGUUGUCGCAAGUAUCACGAGAUUGGUAUUUGUGAGACAUAUAUGGGAGACUCACAAUGGAACGCUGUAUAAUGCUGCAUUCAACAUGUUCGGGGCUGCAGAGACUUCCGUUGGCUUAAUUUGCGCUUGUCUACCCUCCAUGAGCUUAUUUCUAGCCCAUCAUAGGCGUGGGGGCUCGGAAGCUGCGAGUUCAUCAACGCCCGUUGUUGAGUUAGGAGUCGCUGAAUCGAUGCCGUUCAAAACUUAAAUCUGGGGUGCAAGAGGGUCAAAUAAAAAUCUUACACGACAAAAGAUCAACGCAUUUCUCUAACUAAUUCAUAUGGAUGAUGCAGGGAACUUUGAUAAGGUGUCUCUGUCUAUUGAGUGGACGAGCAAUUGUGGACUUUGAUUAUCGCGUACUAGGAAACCAGCACGCAAUGUAAUGAUAUAUUCUUGUCCCCCUACUCGACAUUAAAGAAGAACUUGGAACAAGUCACUUCCAGCUCUAAUCUUGAUUGAUCUGAUCAUAUGAUCUUUCUGGUUGUUUACAUAACUUGUACGGUUGUACCUAGCCGAGUUCGCUUGGAAACUCUUACAAACUCCCGGAAAUUUAUUAGAUACCAGAAGAACUCAUUCAUGGGUUACAUUAAGGUCACCCAUGGUUGAACCACUUUGAAUUCACC